AUGGACGAAAUUGAUAUCCUCAAACAAGACCUAAACACGGAAAAGGUUUUCUAUGACUUGAAUUGGCACGAAUUGGCUUUGGAUAGCUCGUUCGACCAGUCCGUUUAUGAAAAUUUCGAGCGUCUUAAAAUUGGUGAACAUGGGAAAUUACCAUAUGCCGCACAGGAUGAUGAAACAAGUGGGAAGGUCAAUAAUUACCUAGCAGGGGAGUACAUGCAAAAGGUGGAGAAAAAUAGCAUCUGUAGAGAUCACGCUGGAGGUGCCCUAUUACAAAACCGAACCAUGCAUGAGAAUAAGAAAGCGGACAAAGGGGGUAGGCCAGACAGGUCGGCCAACUCAGGGGAUAGCCCGAAACGCCCCCGACGCAGGCGCGACAAAAGGGGUACCUCCAACGACCAAAAAUAUCACCGGACUGAAGCGGAGCCCAUUCCAAGUACCCCCAUCCAGUUGUGCACACCGGACGUUUCAAGCCAAAAAAAGAAGCAAGAGGAAAUAAAAAAAUGUGACUUCAUAGAGGAAAUCAAAUCUCCCCAGUCAUGCAGUCCAGUGAACUUUAUCCCCCCGGUGAACAUCCUUUACGAUGAAGAGAAGGUUGUAUUUUAUUUUUUCAUUUCAGGAGACUUACAAAACUUUAACAUUUCUUCAAACAAUAAUUAUGUUACAAUAUCUGGCAGGAAAAUCCCGUACGAUGCUCACAGAUUUGCCAAUUAUUACUCCCACGAAAUCAGCGGGGGCUAUUUUGUGCGCAGCUAUUUUUUCAUGAAGCCGAUUCAACAGGAGAAGAUUCGUUAUGAGCACAGAGACGGGGUCGUCAAGGUGUUUGUCUUCCUUUCCAAGGGAGGGACAGGUUGA